UAAGCGACGUCAACACGAGACGCAUGAGCGGGCCGGCGGGUGUGCACGAGCGCCAGGGACUGCCAGGGACGUGCAUGGUGCACUGUCUGGGAAGGCUGUGCGGCCCCCACUGACUGUUGACCACGUUUAAGGAAGGAAAAGCAACAUGCUAUGUAUUACUUUCAGUUUGAGAAGAGACAGCAGGCUCUUCUACUACUGUCAAAAGCGUUUUAAAAAGAAGGUCGCCAAGAUUACAAAUACAGGGCGAGCACUGGAGUACUUUGACACUGCCCUUUCCCCUGUCUACCAGAACCGCUGGCCAUCCAUUCGCCUUGCCCUUCUCUCCAAACAGAAGUAUGUAUCCGUUCUCAACAAUUUUGCUGACUGCCAAAGCACCAUUGAAGACUUCCAUAAUUUUGGAGCUGCAGACAUCAGACAGAGAUAUUCACAUUUUGUUAAGCACAUGAAAACUGAAGAGGCAAGCCAGAGUUCAUCAGAAGCAGAUGUUUGUGAUUCCCAAGGCCAAGAUGACCACAUGAAGGCUACCGUGUCAGUCAGGCCAUCACUCAUGGAGCUUGAUGAUGAUGAGUUAGCUGUCAGAGCAAAAGAGGAAUCUCACAGUCACUACCCUGAAGAGUACCGCCGUCGAGCACUGGCCCAGGACCCUGCUGGAAGUCAUGAUUUAGACCUUAACAGCCGAGUUGUUCUACCUUCAGAUGUGGGACCAGAAGGAUCAAGCGUCCUGCAUGACCAUGUUCCAGCGACCAAACUCAAGGGACUUGAAAAUUGGCUGGAGGAGACAGACAUAUUUGUUGACACCAACCGGACGGAUGACGAGAUAGGCCUCCAGAGAGAAAUCCAGAAGCAACCCAUCAACCUUCCGUCAUCACUCCAGAUAUUCACAUUUAGAAAAGGGGAUAUAACUAACUUUCCACAGCCUAAACUGGACCAGCAAAUGAAAGUGUACACUCACUACCUCAUGGAUGGAGCCUCCCUGCUUCCAGUCCUUGCCUUGGACCUUCAGCCAGGAGAGAGGCUGCUGGACCUGUGUGCUGCACCAGGAGGAAAGACACUCUUGGCUCUUCAGACUAUGUUACCAGGAAUGGUAGUGAGCAAUGAUGUUACUGAAGGAAGGAUACAACGACUAAAGAAUGUGUUAAAGGAAUACAUUCCCUCUAAUUUGACCCAAAUUCAAGAUUCAGUCAUUGUAACUGAGAGGGAUGGCUGCAAGCCUUGGGAGCAUGAAGCCUUUGAUAAGGUGCUGGUGGAUGCUCCCUGCCUUACUGACCGCCAUGUGCUGCACGAGAGUGACAACAGCAUUUUCACCCCCAAACGGACCAAGGAAAGACUAAGGUUGCCUGAGCUGCAGAGUCAGCUGCUGGUGUCAGCGCUGCAGAUGGUUCGGCCAGGGGGGUCUGUGGUGUACUCCACUUGCACUCUCUCUCCACUGCAGAAUGAUGGGGUGGUGCACUUAGCUCUCUCCAAGAUAUGGCAAGAAACUAGGAUUGACUGCUGUGUGGUAGACCUGACCCAUGCCGUACGUCCUCUCAGCUUCCUCUAUCGGCUAGGCACCAACUUGGGCUUGCGGUAUGGUCAGAUAGUUUUGCCAUCUCUCCUUUCCAACUUUGGUCCAAUGUACUUUGCAAAGAUUAAAAGACUAAAGUGAGACUUGCUGUCAGGUGUUUAGCUUUGUAGACUGCAAUGAUUUGUCAUAUUUUCCACACUGGCAUAAAAAUGCACCCCAUUUUUAAGUCAUAUCUUUGGAAAAAAAAAAAAAAAAAAAAAAAAAACCCUGACCUUCACAAAAUUUACUAAGAUGUCCUGCUGGUUGUUUCAUGACUUGUCGUACAUGUCUACCAUACACUACUGAAUAAACACCAUCUUGUAAUAUAUAUUAUACCAUACAAUACACACAUGUACCAUACUGUAGCAGCAACACCAUGUGGAAGGUGACCUGAUAGUUCUAGUUUUUUUUACCACUGGUGUCUUCAAUUGACUAAUGAUGCUGAUCCAGUGUCCAAGAUGAAGACUUGCUGCGGGAGUGUGUAGUUAAACCUCAUUACCAGUGUUAUUACACCUAUCCCCCUGAUAUCGUACCUAGUUGGUUACAAAACUUUUUUUUUCCAGCACAGGAAACAACUCAAUGGCAACAAAAAGAAAGUGUAGAAAAAAAGCCUGAUAAUCAUUGCUCCAAAAAGCAAAAAGUAAAGAGUGGCCAAAAGAGAGGUCAAUUUCGGAUGGAGAGGUGUCUUGAUACACUCCUCUUGAAAGAGGUUGUCAUAGGCAGGAGGAAAUACAGAUGAAGGAAGGCUGUUCCAGAGUUUACCAGUGAAAGGGAUGAAAGAAUGGAGAUGCUGGUUAACUCUUGCAUAAGGGGUUUGGUCAGUAUAAGGAUGAGCUAGAGUAAAACGUCGAGUGCAGCGGGGUGGACAAGGCCCUUGUAAAUGGAAAACAUCUGUGCAGGGGAGAAAAACUGGUGGAGAUGAUACAGAAUGCCCAACCUUGAGGAAGCUGAUUUAGUAAGAGAGGAGAUGUGAAGUUUCCAGUUGAGAUUUUGAGUUAAGGAUAGACUGAGGAUGUUUAGUGUUGAAGAAAGUGACAGCUGAGUGUUGUCGAAGAAUAGGGGAUAGGUGUUUGGAAGAUUGUGUCGAGUUGAUAGGUGAAGAAAUUGGAUUUUUGAGGUGUUGAAGGACACCAGGUUCCUCUUACCCCAGUUGGAAAUAAGAACAAGGUCUGAGGUUAAGCGUUCUGCAGCCUCCAGUCUGGAGUCUUGUAAUUCUUGUUGCGAGGGUCUUCUGUCGAAAAGAAUUGAAUAAUGCAGAGUGGAGUCGUCAGCGUAUGAGUGGAUAGGACAGUUUGUUAUGGAAAGAAGAUCAUUGAUGAAUAACAGGAAGGGAGUGGGUGAUAGGACAGAGCCCUGUGGGACACCACUGUUGAUAGGUUUAGGGGAAAAACAGUGACUGUCUACCACAGCAGAGAUAGAAUGGCCGGAAAGGAAACUGGAGAUAAAGGAACGGAGAGAAGGAUAGAAUCCAUAGGAGGGUAAUUAGAAAGUAAAGCGUUGUGCCAGACUCUAUCGAAAGCUUUCAAUAUGUCUCGCGCAACUGACAAAAUUUCACCGAAAUGGCUAAGAGAGGAUGACCAGGAGUCAGUUAAGAAAGCAAGAAGAUUGCCAGUAGAAUGCCCCUUGCGGAACCCAUACUGGCGAUCAGAUAGAAGAUCAGAAGAGGAAAGGUGCUUUUUAACCUUCUGGUUAAGGAUUGAUUCAAAAGCUUUAGAUAGACACUUUCUAUCCCCUAUUUCAAACUUUCUGUAAAAACUCCACUCUGAACGAUUCUGGGCAUAUUUCUCCAAUACAUCCCCCCUCUGACUCCUUUAUGCCUGUUAUUAAGAUUCUUAAGAACGAUGUUUUCUAUGCCCUCCCUGGCCUGAACCCUCAGAAGGCUUAUGAACCUGAUGGAGUGCCUCCUAUUGUUCUUAAAAACUGUGCUUCCGUGUUGACACCCUGCCUGGUCAAACUCUUUUGUCUCUGCCUAUCAACAUAUACCUUUCCUUCCUGCGGGAAGUACACCUUCAUACAGCCUGUGCCUAAGAAGGGUGACUGUUCCAAUCCCUCAAACUACCACCCUAUAGCUUUACUUUCCUGUCUAUCUAAAUCUUUUGAAUCAAUCCUUAUCCGGAAGAUUCACAAGCAUCUUUCCACUUCUGACCGUCUAUCUGAUUGCCAGUAUGGGUUCCGCAAGGUGUGUUAUACUGGCGAUCUUCUUGCUCUCUUAACUGACUCUUGGUCAUCCUCUCUUAGCCGUUUCGGUGAAACUUUUUCAGUUCUGCUAGACAUAUCGAAAGCUUUCAGUAGAGUCUGGCACAAGUCUUUGCUUUCUAAACUGGCCUCUUUCGGAUUCUAUCCUUCUCUCUGUUCCUUUAUUUCCAGUUUCCUUUCUGGCCGUUCUAUCUCCACUGUGGUAGAUGAUCACUGUUCUUCCCCUAAACCUGUCAACAGUGGUGUUCCACAGGGCUCUGUUAUAUCACCCACUCUCUUCCUGUUAUUCAUCAAUGAUCAAACUGCCCUGUCCACUCAUAUGCUGAUGACUCCACUCUGCAUUAUUCAACUUCUUUCAACAGAAGACCCUCUCAACAGGAAUUACAAGACUCCAGACUGGAGGCUGCAGAAUGCUUAACCUCAGACCUUGCUAUCAUUUCCGAUUGGGGUAAAUGGAACCUUGUAUCCUUCAAUGCCUCAAAAACCCAAUUUCUCCUUCUAUCAACUCGACACAAUCUUCUAAACACCUAUCCCCUAUUCUUCGACAACACUCACCUGUCACCUUCUUCAACACUAAAUAUCCUCGGUCUAUCCUUAGCUCAAAAUCUCAACUGGAAACUUCACAUCUCUCUUAUACCGUAAAUCAGCUUCCUCGAGGUUGGGCGUUCUGUAUCGUCUCCGCCAGUUCUUCUCCUCCCACAGAUGCUUUUCAUAUAUAGGGGCCUUGUCCGCCCUCGUAUGGAGUAUGCAUCUCACGUGUGGGGGGGCUCCACUCACACAGCUUUUCAGGACCGAGUGGAGUCUUAGGCUCUUCGUCUCAUCAGCUCUCCUCCUCUUACUGACAGCCUUCUACCUCUUAAAUUCUGCUGCCAUGUUGCAUCUCUUUCUAUCUUCUAUCGAUAUUUUCAUGCUGACUGCUCUUCUGAACUUGCUAACUGCAUGCCUCCCCCCCUCCCGCAGCCCUGCUGCACACGACUUUCUACUCAUGCUCAUCCCUAUAUUGUCCAAACCCCUUAUACAAGAGUUAACCAGCAUCUCAAUUCUUUCAUCCCCUUCACUGGUAAACUCUGGAACAGUCUUCCUUUGUCUGUAUUUCCUCCUGCCUAUGACUUGACCUCUUUCAAGAAGAGUGUAUCAAGACACCUCUCCAUCCAAAAUUGACCUCUCUUUUGGCCACUUCGUACUAAUCACUAUACGAGAGCAACAGUUAGCGGGCUUUUCUUCUUCUUCUUCUUCUUCUUCUUUUUUUUUACAUCUUUUUGCUGCCCUUGAGUUGCUCUGUGCUGUAAAAAAAAAAAAAAAAAAAAAAAAAAAACCAGGGAUCGAACCAGGGCCCAAAGAUUUGUAGCUAAACCUUUACACCAUGGAAAUGUAGAUUGAAGUGUUUUGGACAUGUGAAAAGGAUGAAUGAGGGAAUUGGGGUAAGGAGGUAGUGAGAGAUAGUAGUUGAGGGUAGAAAUGGUAUAAUUAGACCAGAGAAGGCAUUAAGAGUAGUGUUGAAUAACCUAUGGAUCCUUUGCAUGAACAUGGAGGCUGCUAAAAAUUGAGCAGAAUGAAGUAAGACCAUUAUAGUUCGACACAACUAUGAAGUCAGUAAGGGUGGAGUCUGUUCGUGGCCACAUCACUACCAUGUCAAGCCUCUGGGGUAAGGAUUGCCGUUGGAGUAGCUGUCAAUGAGCAUGGAGGUGAGGGAGAAAGUGACUUGACUGCUGAUGUCGGAAAUAAAAAUGUCGCAUGUUAUGGAACUUAUACAAUUUUUUGCCAUUAUUCUAGAAAGGAACAUUCAUAGCACUAUAUUGCCAUUCAUUGUAUACAGGAUAUUAAUUACACAAUAUCAAAUAGUAAAUAACUGACAUGUUAGAGAGAAAGUGAUGUAUUGAGGGUGAUGCAGCUGCGCUGUGGAGAGGCUCGGGCCCCACCCAAACUGACUUCAUAUUUGAGUCAUACUGUAGGAGAAUAAGGCUGAUGUAUGUGAGCAUGUACUGUGGAGCCUUUCAAAUCCAGUAGAAUGGGAGAUUCAGCUCUGUAGUGCAUGUAUUUUGCCCAUGUGUUUCAUCUGGUUGCACAGAGUUUGGAUACGUGAGUAUUUUGCCUACCUAUGAUUGUGGUGUUUGAAUGUUUACAUAUGGUGGAGAUUUCUUUGAUGUGAUUCAACCAUUGUUUUGUGUUCUUAUGUAUCCUGGCUCGUAAGUGCUGUACCAAAUGCACUGUGCUUGUCAUCUGGUAUGGUAAAUUUAGGGCAUGUACAAUAGAGGGGAUGUGGGUAUGAGAGGUCUCAUCAUGGGAUUGCACAUUGUCACCACUUUAGUCAUCUGCAGCAGUCUUGUUUUACACUUGACAAGCAAGAGUGUCUGUGCUGAGUGAUGUUUAGGUGUUUAAGCCAUAGCAUACAUUUGAAAACUUGUCUAUAUUCUUUGUCUUAUAUACAAACUCAUGUAAAUACGUACUGUAGAAAUUUUAACAAUUAAAAGGGAAUAUUA